GCGGGGAAGACUACUGUAACAGCAGGUGAAGAUCAGCGCAGCUUCCAAAAAGAACUGGUUAAGCAGGCCAUAUAUUGUCAUUCUAUUAACACCUGAUAGUGCCCUGUCUGUAGUUGCAAAUUAUUUAAUAAUUGUUACUGCGAAAUAAAUCGACGUUUUCUGCAUCGAGAUUUCAAGUGGUUGACCUGAGCUGAGCGGAUUUUCUUACCUGUUAACUCCAAGUCGAAGGCGUUUCACAAAAAGUGUAGGAAACAUGAAUCAGUUUCUAGUAUGAAAGUGUGCUAGCAACUAGUUUGUCUCAUUUUCAGAUAACAGUUUCACAUAUUUGGCCAUAACAGUUAUCACCAGAUUGCCAAGAACGUACAGAGAGAAAUGGAGAAAGAGCAGCCUCGUCUCAACCGCAAGACCGAAUGGACAGAGCAAAGGACCCUCAGCUUGAAUGGGACCGGGAUGAAAGGAAACAAUUCUUUCGCCUUCCUUCCUUUCCAGAUGGGCUCAGGGGAGCUCCCCAUCCUCUUAGUCUUCAGUCUUAUCUUCGUGCUUGGGGUUGUGGGGAACUCCUUGGUUAUCACAGUGCUAGCUCGUAGCAAACCUGGGAAGCCACGCAGUACCACCAACAUCUUCAUUCUGAACCUGAGCAUCGCAGACUUGGCCUAUCUUCUCUUUUGUGUGCCCUUUCAAGCCACUAUCUAUGUGUUGCCCUACUGGGUGCUGGGAGCCUUCAUCUGCAAAUUCAUCCAUUAUUUUUUCACUGUGUCUAUGCUGGUCAGCAUCUUUACUCUUUCAGCAAUGUCAGUGGACAGGUACUUUGCCAUCGUCCAUUGUAGACGGUCAGCUUCCAUCAGAGUUGCCCGAAAUGCUCUGACCGGAGUGAUCGUUAUCUGGAUUUUGUCAGUAAUAAUGGCUUCGCCUGUUCCUUAUAACCGGGUAAUCUAUUACUCAUCAAAUAACCUAACUUUCUGUUGGGAGAGAUGGUCAAACCCGAGAAACAAAACCAUCUAUGUGGUGUGCAGAUUCGUGUUCGGAUACCUGCUUCCUCUGCUCCUCAUAUCUUUCUGUUAUACUAAGAUUCAGAUACCAAAUGUUUUGAAGAGGGACCCACAAUGGCUUUUAACAACACCUGAACCCACUAAAUAUCAAGGGGAACAGGCAAGCUGCCACCCAUUCCAUCAGAAGCGGUCAAUUGUCAAAGGUCAGUUAAUCAGGGCAGCUAGAAUGACCACUUUGGAGUUGAACUUUCAAAUGGAAUGCGACUUGCUGAGAAAUAUGUUCGAGCAAUGUGGUUACCCCUGUAACUUGAUACAACAGUUGAUUAGUGAAGUCUCUGAAAAGAGAAGAGUUGGGCUAGUUAACCCUAUUCUCCAUUUUAGUAAUUUGGAGAAUAUUACAACAACUUUCCUCACUGAUGGUGGCUCUUCUAUAAAACAAGGUACACUACAAAUCACAAGACUUUAA